ACAAUGGCUGAUUCAAUAGACACUCGGGGGACGAAGCGCACAAACACCCAGCGAGGGUCCGAUUCGGGGAAACGGCGAGCACCCUACGCCCUCAGAGCUUGCGACGCAUGUCGGCGACGAAAGGGGAAAUGCGACGGACGGCAUCCCUGCGGACAUUGUGCUGGCCGAGGGCAAAAUUGCAACUUCAGCAAUGGCACCGGCCCUGGGGACUGGACGGAUAUUCCGGCUUCGGCCAGUGAUGCGGAUCAAGUCCAUUCUCACCAACUGGAUGAGCAAGGGAACCCGGCCAUGUCAAGUGCCAGCGGAGGCUCCAUCCUCGAACUCGUCUCCAGUCUCAAAGACCAACUCGAUAGCCUGACAUCCCGCGUCCAGCUUUCCAAUAAUCAGCCAAUGGCCCCGAAGAUUCCGUCGACAAUGAGCCUUCCCGGGGGCUUCCAAUCCCAAUCCCCCGAGCGAAUUGAUCCUGGCUCGGGCAGAGAGACAGCGGGAUCGGAUGGACAACCCCAUCGCCAGGCUAGCCAACGUUUUUACGGACCGACAAGUCCGGACUACAGCUUGAAUAUGGCCCAGAUGAAAAUACGAGAGGGAAGCUCUUCAACAUCGCCCUCACAGCGCCCGCAACUAGCAAGCAUCGAGGAUGAAGAGGCCUCUGAUGACGACAGUGGCAUUGCAGGUGUUGAUGGCGGCGGACGAAGUAAGGACCCAUGGCCACCUCGCAACCGAAGAGAUAAUUUGCAGCUCCAGAGAUUCCGAUCACUUAUGAACCUGCAAGAAGCCGCGCGCCUUCUGUUUGUCUACCAGGAAGUUGUUGGGGAGUACCAUCCGAUGGUGAAUUUAGACGAUCUCAUGUGCAAAACUCGGGUCUGGUACACGGGCGAAGCGCCGACGCAUUCUGACUCGCGAGACUACUCUCCUGGACGGCCAGUGCCCGACUCGGAUGAAAACGACCUUCUCAUUCUGAACCUUGCUCUAGCCAUUGCUUUGCGUGCUGAGUCAACACUGCCCAGUGGCAACUCCGAAAUUGAGGGCAUUCUGCAGUCCAGCUUCCAGGACACUGUUAAUGCCAAAGUGGUAUCGCCCGCAUCUAGCAUCAAAGAUGUCAAAAUCAUCUUGCUAGCGGCUCUAUACUUUUUCUUCCAAGACAUGAUACGGUCUGCAUGGCGGAUGUGCGGUAUCGCCGGUCGGGUCUUGAUGGAACUGGGAUUUCACAAUGGUGAUGUAUCAAGGCAUGUCCUGGACUCGGAAGCUGAACGCACGGAAACCAGUAUCGUCAUGUGCAGCGUUGUGACCCUCGACCGCCAAUGGAGUGCUUCGACAGGGCUCCCAUCAAACUUCCAACAUUCCAGCUUCGAACCACUACCCAAAUCGUCUAUCAAAAACCCAUAUCUGAAGGCCAUGCUGGCCUUUAUCCUCAUAAGCGACAAAUUCAACGAGCCCAUCUCGUGCGCUGCCAGAGGCGAAAGAUACGAAGAUCAGGAUGCCUUCGAUGUGAUGAAUUUCCAGGUUGAGCAGUGGCGAAAGAAGGCCGUGGGCAACCAAUCGCUCAGCAACUUUGGAACCUGGCAUUCGAAUCCAUCAGCCCGCCCUCCGUCAUGGGCUAUUAUCUUGCACCUUCGUGCAGAUUCUAUCCGCAGUUAUCUCUUGCGGCCUGGCUUCUUUUCCGCAUCGGAGGUGGAGACUGGUAGAGAACAACUCCGUCCUGCACUUGACCUCGUGUCACACAUGGUCAAUGUUCUCUUCACGCUGGACACCACUACGGAUAUUUAUCGCAUGCAACAUCCUUACUACCAGCACCUUCUGGCAUCUGCCUGUGCCUUGUUCUUCCUGUUGGUUGCAUACGUAAAACAGAAUCACUCGACUCUGGCCAGCAGCCUGACCGUCGACUUUGUUGACUCUGUUAGCCAAAUCUUUCGGAUGACCCUUACAGUCUCUGGUAGAUACGCGAACACAUCACGGGCCUCCCGUAGGUUAUGGAAGAGACUCUCGGAAAUGCGUGGAACGCUAGUCAGUCUCAACUUGCUAUCAGACAACCUUCCCGACCACAAUAACCACUUCCCCAGGAUCCAUCUUGGCGAGCCCGAGUCUUCGAUGCCACAUGCUGUCAAAUAUGUACAGAACACCAGCGCGUUGAGAUCGAACUGGAAGGGUCGCUUCCCUGGGCAAGGCUCCAAUUUCUCACCACCUGUCGAUGGCAAUAUUUCCAAUCCGUUUAGCACAGCUAUGGGUGCGAUUCCCGAGAAUGACUUGCAAUUGGGAUGGUCCGAGUCACUUCUAUCGAACUGGCCAAUGGGCGACGAGAACAUAUUCUUUGCAGAAGGACCGUUUUGA